GUCGCAGGACUUUUGCUGUCAAAAAGUUCAAUUCAAAAGCAGAAAAGUGCUAGAUAUCACAAAGAAUUCAGAAAAUAUUAAUUUUAACUUUGAAACUAGAUUAAACUAGGCGGAGAGAUCAUUAAAUAGAAACAGUAGAUUAUUUUUAACACGUUGCUUUAAUUUUCGAGAUCAUAUCGUUGUUUGUUUGCUGAUAAAAAGAGGUUGAAGUUUCGUAGCUUUAUUGGUGUUUUUUUUUUUAUUGCUGUGCUGGAACGUGGAAAUAGAAGGUGCAAAGAUAGCAAAUAGUAGUGAAAAAUAAUGGCAGCAACUCCAGUAAAAUCUGAUAUCGAUGCAGUGUUCAAUCGAUUACGGUCGAUACCAACAAACAAGAGUUGCUUCGACUGUGCAGCCAAAAAUCCGACCUGGUCCUCAGUGACAUACGGAAUAUUCAUCUGCAUAGAUUGCUCGGCCGUGCACCGGAGCCUGGGUGUGCACCUAACAUUCGUGAGAUCGACCAAUCUGGACACGAACUGGACAUGGCAGCAGAUCCGCCAGAUGCAAGUUGGAGGCAACGCAAAAGCUGCCCAGUUCUUCCGGCAACAUAACUGUAAUACGACCGAUGCUCAGCAAAAGUACAACUCGAGAGCGGCCCAGCUGUAUAGAGAUAAGCUUGCGAAUUUGGCCCAACAAUCGUUACAACUACACGGAACAGUGCUUCACAUUGAUAAUACGCAUGAUCACCAUACUGAAAGUAACAAAAUCGAAGAGGUGGACUUUUUUGCCGAUUGUACCAGCUUUGAGGCCAGUCCCUCCGUAAUUACCACCGAUAGUCACAACAACAAUGUCAAGCAGCAGUUGUCGCAACAACAUGAUGAGGUUCCGAAACUGGCUCCAAUAUCUGUACCGGACAAUACUGGUAACCUACAAGGACCGAGUGUUGAUUUUCUCAAUUCAUCGGUUCCUAUAGAAGCUCCAAAAUCUACUAUUGGAGUUAGGAAGAUCCAGCCUAAGAAAGCCGGCCUGGGUGCCAAAAAAGGUGGCCUUGGAGCAACGCGUGUGAAGACAAACUUUGCCGAAAUCGAAGAGAAAGCGAACCUAGCAGAUAAAUUGAAAAUGACAGCAGCUGCUGCCGUCGUUGAAAAACCGAUGAGCGAAGAACAGGAAGCUCAAGCUUUGGCCAGCGUGCGUUUGGCGUAUCAAGAUUUGUCGAUUAAACAAAACAAAGAAGAGGAGAAGCUUAAAGCGACCGAUCCGAAUAAAGCUAGACAGCUGGAACGGCUCGGCAUGGGCAUCGGAUCCCGCACUGGAAUGUCACAUUCGGCCAUGACGGAGAUGAAAACUCUCACCCAGGAAUCGGUCACUAAGAGCGGAACAUCGCUAUCUUCUAAAACAUUCGAUUCGGGUAACGAUUUUUUCGAUGAUUAUCCAACUUCGAUGUACGGUAGCAGCAGCAGUAGCACCGGCAACAAAAUGUCGUCCUCAAACACCAAGGACUAUAGUGAUGCUACCUUGAUGGGUUUUGAAACGAUUGAACCAUUUGAUACUAAACACAACAUUCAGACGAUGUUUUCCGCUGGUUCAUCGGCCAAAAAUUCGAGUAUAAGUGAUCAGCCAACUUAUAGCAGAAAUAGCAGCAAAAAAACUGCCAGCAACGAUUUCGAACCGACGGAUGCUGCCCAAAAGAAGUUUGGCAAUUCCAAGGGGAUUUCAUCAGAACAAUUUUUCGGUGAUGAAAGUUCUGCGUACGAGCGUUCGACAAAUCUUUCCAAGUUUCAGGGCUCGAAUAGCAUAUCCUCGGCAGAUUAUUUUGGACAUCCAACAAGUUCCGCGGGCAAUCGAGGCCCCAGUUUGCAGUACAAUGGCCCGGAUCUAGAUGAUGUUAAAGAAAGCGUUCGCCAGAGUGUGACCAAAGUUGCUGGGCGGCUUAGCACGAUGGCAAAUGAUAUGAUGACUUCAAUUCAAGAUAAAUAUGGUUAUUAGGCUUCUUAGCUAUUUUUUUAAAUUAAUUGUAGAUCUUUAGGUAAAGGAUCUUUUUUCUAUUUUUUUACAUAAAUUUAACAUUGUCUACUGUUCUAUAAUUCAGUUCAAAUAAAUUUCUGCAAAAAUCCGUUUUCUUCCGUUGCUACCUUAGGUACGCUUUUGUUCCAACUCUUUGUAUGUAUAUGUUAAGACAAAUUUAUUAUUCCAUAAAGGCGACGUAGCCUAUUGUUAUGCAGGGAAAUACCUACUUAGCUCAUUUCCAGUAUCAACAUCAAUAUUGUAUGCAUCCAGUCUUCUAAAUACUAAUUCAAAACACGGGCAGCCUUCACCUACACCCUCAAUUCCUCUUAGCCACACUAAAGCACACCUGAACAACAAUCAGAUAACUAUGAUCAUAGGUACAUGAAUGUUUGAAAUCGACAAAUUUAACAUAAUUUUUUUUUCUAUAAGUACUUGGCAUCCGUUCAUGCCAUGCAUCAUGAUGUUACAAUAUUUGAAAAAAAAAAACCCUUCAGUAGCAGAACCGAUGUGUAGAAACAAUUUUGACCACUUGUUGAAUGAUGGUAAACUAAAGUAUUUAGGGAAAAAAACUGAUUCAAAAGUAAAUCCAUAACAUAACUAUUUAGGACUAAUAUAUUCUAAUAAAAGAUACAAUAUUGAAAGAAAAAAAACAUUCAUUAAAUCGCUCUGUACAGAUUGUAAUAAAAUGUAUUCUACUUGUGAAUGAUUACGACGAUGAAUUAAAAAUAUAUAUUCUUCAUAGUUUAGAAAUA